CUUCCUUCCAGCAUGCAAUGCGGUGGGCGAUACUGCAAAUGUUGGUAUCAAUCUGAUACCAAGUAAAGACUGUACCAGUACAGUAUUGUCAAUACCGAUACUGUUUAAUAUCAUUGAAUGAUUUUGAUUCUUUAAAUUUGAAUAAAACAAAUUAACAAUUUAACAACAUGUGGCAACAAUAUGACAAGGUAACAAUAUAAAAAAUAUAUCAAAUUUAUCGCGCCAGUAUUGACCUAAUCCUGCUACUAAUAUUGGUAUCACUGACAUCGAUAUUUGUAUCGAUCGGCCCACUCACGCAAUCUCUCAUCUGGUAUCUCCCCCCCUCGCCACUGCAACACUGCAAUGCAACAUUAACCGGGCUCCCAUUAUCACGACAGUUUUGGUGGGGAGACCUGCUGCAACUUUUAUUUUCGCCCCUUUUUUAUUGCGGUUUUUCCUUUCCUCCCCUCCUCAAGCAUGCCGAACAUCGUCCUCUUCAGCGGGAGCUCUCACCACGACCUGUCCCAGAAAGUGGCGGAUCGGCUGGGACUGGAUCUGGGCAAAGUGAUAACCAAGAAAUUCAGCAACCAGGAAACAUGCGUGGAAAUCGGGGAGAGCGUGCGCGGCGAGGACGUGUACAUCGUGCAGAGCGGUUGCGGCGAGAUAAACGACAACCUGAUGGAGCUGCUGAUUAUGAUCAACGCCUGCAAAAUUGCCUCGUCGUCCCGCGUGACCGCCGUCAUCCCCUGCUUCCCCUACGCCCGGCAGGACAAGAAGGACAAGAGCCGGGCCCCCAUAUCAGCCAAGCUGGUGGCCAACAUGUUGUCUGUGGCCGGCGCCGACCACAUCAUCACCAUGGACCUUCACGCCUCGCAAAUCCAGGGCUUUUUCGACAUCGCUGUGGACAAUCUUUAUGCGGAGCCUGCCGUCCUGCAGUGGAUCCGGGAAAAUAUCCCCGAGUGGAAAAAUUGCAUCAUCGUGUCUCCUGAUGCCGGCGGCGCAAAGCGCGUGACGUCCAUCGCCGACCGACUCAACGUGGACUUUGCCCUCAUCCACAAAGAGAGGAAGAAGGCCAACGAAGUGGACCGCAUGGUGCUGGUGGGCGACGUCAAGGACCGUGUGGCCAUCCUGGUGGACGACAUGGCCGACACCUGCGGCACCAUCUGCCACGCCGCCGACAAGUUGAUCGAUGCCGGCGCCGUAAAAGUCUACGCCAUCCUCACGCAUGGCAUCUUCUCUGGUCCCGCCAUCUCGCGGAUCAACAAUGCGCCGUUUGAGGCGGUGGUGGUGACCAACACCAUCCCGCAGGAGGAGAAGAUGAAGGCGUGCCCAAAAAUACAGGUCAUCGACAUUUCCAUGAUCCUAGCAGAGGCCAUCAGGAGAACCCACAAUGGUGAAUCCGUGUCCUACCUGUUUAGCCAUGUGCCCUUGUAAAGGCGAGCUGGGGAGGGGGUCCCUUUGGCUCCUUCCCCUCCGCCCCAUGAGAACCAUCCGCUGCCACCACACUUCCUCCCGAAAGGCUCCCAAGUGUCAGAAGGGUUGGGGCGGCUAAAGCCCACAAGACGGUCUUUGAAUGUUUCCACUCAGGAGAUGGAGUUCCUGUCAUGUGUUGUACCUGACGUUCAAUGAAGCAUUCCACUAUGUUGCACCAUUUCAAACAUUUUUUGGGCGCUUUUUACUUAAUGAAGAAAAACAUUAGCGCGCACCUGUGCCCCCAUCAGCAGCCCCCCAGCCCCCAUCCCGCCCCAACAAGUCACCUCAACUGCUGCUAAAACCUCCUCGUCCCGACAACCCACGCACGUUACUCUGUGUGUUCAAAUGUUCCAAAAGGUCAUGGAAUCGAAUUGAAUCCACAAUUUUGCGAUAGUGUUAAUCAUUCUUGUCACAAUUCUAUAUUUCUUUUUGUUUUUCACCAGUAAUGGGCCACUUUGUGUUGGCUUUUUUGUAUUGUAACAAUUCAAACCGUUUCUUUUGACAAUAAAGCUUUAACAAUUGCUUUCAAA